AUACAUGAUCCCACUGUGUCAUCAAGUUAGCAGGCAGCGUGUGACUGCAAACCUGCCAGUCCACUAUCAACCCUCAGCACACUUGUCUUGUCUUCUGGGAGAAAAGUGAAGAUGUCCAACUCUAUAACAACCUCCACUAACGGGGUGGUUGUCAUCACCCACAUACAAACCACGGAGAAGGGGAUGGAUGUCUCUGGGGUGUCUGCUCCACCCAAGUCUCUGGGACGGACGGUCUCCACAAUGUUGGAAAGUUUCCGGAUGGGGCAGCCAAAAGCACUGGGGACCAUACAGAUCAUGAUUGGUUUGGUUAUGCUGUUGUUGGGAAUCGUGAUGGCUUCAUCACCAAUGCCGGACAAUGUUGGAGUAGUUAGUGGAAUAUUCGUCUGGGGAUCUCUCAUUUUUAUCCUUGCUGGUUCUCUCACUGUUGCUGCUGACAACCACCUGAACCAAUGUCAGGUGAAAGGCUCCCUGGGAAUGAAUGUUAUCGCUGUGAUCAUUGCUCUCACAUGUAUCAUUCUGUAUUCUGCCGACACUGCUGGGAUCAUGCUGUAUAACUCCUGUUCAGACUCCUCAAACAAUAACCCGUUAUAUCAAGGCCCAUACAAUAACCCAUCACAUCCAAGCACUCCACAAAACACACCAUCACAUCCAGGCAACAAUCCAUCACAGUCGGGUGAUUCCCACGAAGACCAAUCAGACGAUGGCGGUCAUCGGUCAAUGAAUCCACUGUCUUCAUCCUCAAACUGUCAACUGUAUUGGAUCAGAUCCCGUGGAAUUUCUGGUGUUUUGGUUAUUUUGUCGUUGCUGGAGUUUAUAGUGUCCAUUUGUGCUUCAUCCUUCGCCUGCAAAGCCGUCUGCCAGUGUUGUUGUUGCCACACCCCUGAGAAAGUGAUCAUCGCUAGAGAUCCGAUAUCAGUGCCUGAUGAUGCCAAGGUGACACCAAGCAACGCACCAUACCUUCCCGACUAUGAGACUGUGAAACACACAAAGGAUCUUGAGGGAGACAGUAUGAAUAUAGCGUCUCAUCAGUAUGACCAGCCCCCAAAAUACACGUCUAUCACCCGCUGAGAGACUGGCCCAAGUGGAUGCAUCGCUCUUUUCUCUGUGAAAUCGUGUUUUAAUCCAGGCCUGCACUUCUGAUUAGAUUAAAUCCUGUUUUAUUCCAGGCCUGUAUUACACAUUAAAUGAAAUCAUAGCUGAAUAUUUUAAAUUGAAUAAAAUCCUGUUUUAAUCUAUAAAAUAAAAUAAUCUUUAAAUCUA